AUGUUCAACAAUGCCGGUGGUUGCACGGGCGGAAUAUACAUCGUCCACGCCAGUCUUACCGAAUACACCAUUAUCUUUGGAACUGCCGUCGGCACCGAAGGCCACAGCGGCCGUCAUCUUCUCGAUAACUACUUCUAUAUCCUGACCGGCACCUAG